UUCUUAAAUGUAUCUGAGAGUUUUUUUUUAACGGGAGGUGUGAAAAUGCUGGAGAAUAAUUUUGCAUUAAUUCACUUACUCCAGAACGGAAGGUAAAGCUCUUAUUUAAUUCUCAGCUCUUUGUCACUCCUCCGCCCGUCUGUGUUAUGAAAUAUAAACGUUUUCCCACGCAGCAAAAUGUACCAACUGCUCGUGGGGCUCCAAACGCUGCGUGUGUACUGUAAUCUUCAUAAGGCCCCCAUCCGGAAAACGCAACCAAGUUGAAAAUCAGACCGUACUAUCGGCGGCGCGUCCGCGCUGAAGCGCGCCACCCCUGUGCCAGCGCGUUCACGAGGUGCUCGUGUUCGGCCGCCAGUUCCUCUUUUUCCAUUUAAUUCAACGAGAUGGGCUGCCGAGGGGAGUAAGCGCGCGUUCCUGCACUUCAGGCUGAUAUUCAUUUGUCGGAUAUUUUUUUUAUUUAUUUUUUGUUCUCCCCUACACCCCACCCCACCCCCCCGCUGUAACUUUUCACACCGGCGUCGCAGGAGCAGCUCGGGUUUUUUUUUUUUAAAAAUCCCAAAAAUGCCGGAGUUUAUUUCGGUCGACGAGUUCAUCGCCGAGACCUUGGAGGAUUACAGCUCGCCAACCACCUCAGCCUUCACCACGAAGAUGUCAAGUUGCAGAAACGCCGUGAACAGCAUCGAGGAGGCCCUGGACUCGGAUCGCACUGUCCUGCAGAAGAUGAAGAAAGGGGCCAAAGCUAAGCACGCCUCGGGUCAAGAUCACAUUUUGCAUCUAGAAUCCUACAUCAAUUCCAUGGAGAAACUGGCUGUAAAUUUCAGGAAUAACGGAGAACAGGAGCUGGCUUCUGCCUUUAAUAAGUUUGCAGAAUAUUCCAAAGAGUUGCUGACACCAAUGAAGAAUGCGUUACAGAGCAUGUAUCACAACAUCAACUUCUCCCUGGAGUCGCUGGUCAAAGGGGACUUGAAAGAGGUCAAAGGGGAUUUGAAAAAGCCCUUUGACAGAGCAUGGAAGGAUUAUGAAAAUAAAUUCACCAAGAUCGAGAAGGAGAAGCGCGAGCUGGCCAAGCAGUACGGAAUGGUGCGCACGGAGGUGAGUGGCGGGGAGAUUGCCGAGGAGCUGGAGAAGGAGCGCCGGAUGUUCCAGCUGCAGAUGUGCGAGUACUUAAUCAAGGUGAACGAGAUCAAGACGAAGAAAGGAUUUGACCUGCUGCAGAACCUCAUAAAGCACUACCACUCGCAGUGCAAUUUCUUUCAGGAAUGUUUAGCCGCGACGGAGAAGCUGAAGCAGUAUAUAGAAGCACUUACAACAGGGCUGAACAGCAUCAAACACAGGCAGGACGAGGAGAAGAGGCAGCUCUGCUCACUGCGAGACCAGCUGAGGCUGUCGCUGCAGCCCGAACAGAAGGAGACUAGGAGAGAUUCGCUGAGCCGGCAGGCGGUCUACAGUAUGCAUCAGCUGCAGGGCAACAAGCAGUACGGAACGGAGAAGACGGGCUGCCUCUACAAGAAGAGUGACGGGUUGAGGAAGGUGUGGCAGAAGAGGAAAUGUGCCGUCCAGAACUGCUACCUGACCAUUGCUCAUGGAACGCCCAACAGACCUCCAGCAAAACUCAACCUGCUCACCUGCCAGGUGAAGCCCAGCCAGGAGGAUAAGAAAUGCUUUGACCUCAUCUCCCAUAACCGCACGUACCACUUCCUGGCCGACGACGAGGCAGAGUGUGUUGCGUGGAUCUCCGUCCUGACCAACAGCAAGCAGGAGGCCCUGAACGUGGCCCUGGACGAGAGGCGUCCGAGCGGAGAGAACAGCAUCGAGGACCUGACCAAAAGCAUCAUCGAAGACGUCCGCCGCAUGCCAGGGAACAACGUGUGCUGCGACUGCAGGGCGCCAGACCCCACCUGGCUCUCCACUAAUCUGGGAAUCCUGGCAUGCAUCGAGUGCUCCGGGAUCCACCGGGAGAUGGGCGUGCACUACUCCCGGAUCCAGUCCCUGUCCCUGGACAAGCUGGGCACCUCCGAGCUGCUGCUGGCCAAGAAUGUGGGGAAUGCAGGCUUUAAUGAAAUUGUGGAGGCCAACCUCCCCAGUUCCUCUCUGAAACCAUCCGCUGACAGUGACAUGGCCGUGCGGAAGGACUUCAUCCUGUCCAAGUACAUGGAGCGGCAGUUCGCGCAGCACAGCGGGGGCUCUCCCGGGACGCUCCGGAGGAGCCUGCAGGAGGCGGUGAGGAGCCGGGACAUCUUCGCCCUGCUCCGGCUGUACGGCGAGAGGCUGGAUCUCAGCCAGCCGCUGCACAGCCCCGUACAGGAGCCUGGGGAGGCCGCCCUGCACCUGGCUGUGCUCUUGGCUGAUCGGACCUCAUUGCACAUGGUGGACUUCCUCGUUCACAACUGUAACAAUCUCGACAAACAGACUGUCCGUGGAAACACGGCUCUGCACUACUGCUGUCUGCACAACAAAACCGAGUGCCUUAAACUGCUGCUCAGAGCGAAGGCCAACACGCACAUCAAGAACGAAGCGGGCGAGACCGGAUUAGAUAUUGCUCGGAGACUAAAGCACAGUCACUGUGAAGAGCUGGUAAGGCAGACUUCCUGUCACUGAG